AGAGCACUAAAGCUCGGAUUAUUAGUUUGGAGAAGAAGAGGAAGAGCUGGAUCGCGCUAGUGAGAGGCCAUGGCAGAAUUGCAGAUUCGUCGCUAUGAGGACAGCGAUGAGGAAGAAGUGAAGGAGAUCUUUACACUUGGAAUGUCCGAGCACUUGCCGUCCUCGUGCACGCACGUGCUGAAACAGCCUCACAUCCAGAUGCUGCUUGCGUGUGUGUUCUGCGCUCUGCUGGCCAGCUCCAAGUCCAUCCUGCUGCCCGUCCUGGCGGUCGCGCUUCUGCUGGCUGCAGGGCGCCAGGGAAUCAGUCACAUGUUCUCCAGCUACAUCGAGGACUCCAUGCACAAAGACCUCAACCAUAUCCGCAAAACGUAUAUGGAGGGGGCCAACUCCUGCUUUUGGGUGGCCGAGUGGAAGGGUCGUGUGGUGGGCACGGUGGCGUGCCUUCCUGCCGAGCGGAAUGCCGGAUGCCUGGAGCUUAAGCGCAUGUCAGUGAGGCAGUCUCACCGCAGGCUGGGCAUCGCCAAAGCUCUGUGCGACACUGUGGCCGAAUUCGCCCGGCUGCGGGGCUUUCCAGCUGUGGUGCUGUAUACUUCAGUGGUUCAGACAGAUGCUCAAAAGCUAUAUGAAAAUGUGGGUUAUGAGAAGGUCAGAGAGUUUGCUAUCCCAGAGUUUGUUGCCAAGAUCACCAACUUUACUUUAUUAGAAUACAGGAUUGACCUGCAGGAGCCUGGAAACUAAAUGAGUAUAUAAUUCUGUUAAUGAUUUCCUUUUUUUUUUUUUUUUUUACUGGCUCACUUAUUCUGUUCAUGUAUUUCAGUUACACUAGUGACUUCUGUAAAUGUUUGAAUUUGGACGGGUUGUGGAAGAUUUUUUUUUCUUUUCGAAAAUGCAUUUCUGAUAUAAAAUGAUUGAUUAAAUUGAUUAAUUGAUUUAACUUCUGCGCUCUAAUAAAUCAGUGUCCAACAAUUAAUUAUAAAAUCAAAAUAUUUAAAAUUUGAUGCAAAAUAUCCUGAGAUGCAUAUCUCAAAGAUAUUCAUGUACAACAGCCAGUGUUUUACCUCAUAUUGCACUGUUUUACCUCAUAUUGCAUAUUCAUUCUAUUCAAACACAUUUCUAAGUAAUUCCUGAUUGUUUUGUAGCCUUACUGCAAUUCAGACGAGGGGCUUGCCACCAGACACAGUCUGUUAUUCUGUUAGGUAAACUAGCUGGCUUCGGUGCAUACAGCAAGAAAACAUUUUAUCCAUUCAUAGUAUGUGAUUUUAAAAAUCAGUAAAAAACAGU